CGCCGACAUCGCCGUUCCCCUUCUUCGUCGCCGCGUCACUGCUGCCUCCGCCCCGUCCCCGAUCUUCGGCCAUUGGAUUUUGAGAAGUCGUGCUCCAAUGGCGACAUCCGACGAACAGGUUGAGCAGGAGUAUGCUGAUUUUGAGGCGAGGGUCAAGAGAACAAUAUAUAUCGAUCACCUCUCCCCUCUGGUUACUAGCCAAAUCAUCAAAGCGGCUCUUUCCCAGUGUGCCAAAGUUGUCAGUUCGGAGUUCAUCGUCAACUACACGAUCCCGUACGAUAUCCCUGCCGCUGCAUUGGUGGAAUUGGAGGACGAGUCGCAAGCCAAGGCUGCUGUAGACCUGAUGCACGAUUUCCCCUUCAUAAUUGGUGGGAUGCCCAGGCCUGUAAGAGCUGCCUAUGCAAAGCCCGAAAUGUUUCGGAAUCGCCCUAGCCGGCCUGGCUUGGGGAUGGAAUUCCGCUGGGUAAAGGAAGGAGAUCCAGAGUACGAUGGGAUGGAUAAACUGAAGAGACUUGCAAAGAGGCAAGAUGCAGAGCAGAUGGCACUCGUCAAGAAUCAACUGGAAGAGGAGGAGGAGCUGGCGACGCAGCAGCAGGAGACACUUGAUGAAAACUACAAGAAGUACCAAAUGCUUGAGGAUAUAGUGCGAAACGGGGAGAUUGAUAACCUUGCUCGCCAUUAUGAGAUCAACCUGCGCCACGACUGAUCAGUUUCGACAGUACAUGAAACAGCCCCGGAGAUUGCAGUCCUAGUGCAAGCUAAUUUUCCUUCUGGUUCUGGCUCGGUCCACUCAUGAAUGUGUGUGACCGUAACAACCCAUCGACUAGUUUGAUGCAGCCGCACUCUACUUGUGUCCAGCUGCAUCCUCUGUGUGAAUAGUAGUUCGCAGUGUAAUAGCUGUUAACACCUUGAUGGUAACGCUUAGUGUAAUCUAGUACGAUCUCUGAGUUUAGCAUCCCAUGAAGAUAAUCCAACCAUGUCUGAUGCUGUCUCCUGUAUUAUGUGGAACUUGCUUAUCGGAGAUGUCAUUGCCUUGGUUUAGUCGUGUUGA